GAUGUGUGUGAUGUGUUCUACAGUGAGAAACUCAUCCACUUCCCGCUCUUCAAAAAAUGCAGAUAAUACAGCGGCCUCAUUCAUGAAAUGACUCUUCAGCCCUUUCUGGAAUCUGCUCGACUUCGUGAGAACAGCAGAAACAACAAUCACAACCAGCCGGGUGAAGAAGGAUGAAGAAAAAAAGCUGCAAGAAACCACGCCAGAUCAGGUCGUCCUCUAUCUGCAGCUCCAAGAGAAAGAAACAAGCUAAAAGCAAAAACUGCCUCCAAUCGUCUUCAAGUCAAUCCCGACUUCCUGUUACGUGUGGAUAUAAAGAGGGGUUCCUGGAUUUGAAGAAAUAUUAUAAAAGGCAAAAGUGCAUCUUAAGUGAAGACCGCUGGUUUACGCCCACUGAGUUUGAGAGGUUUGGGAGAAAGGAGAAAAACAAAAAGUGGAGGACCAGCAUCCUUUGCAAAGGGAUUACACUCCAGAAACUCAUAGAGGAUGGAUUUCUUUUACCUAAAACCUUUAUGAAAGGCAGGAUUCAUGGUGAAAAGCAGAAGAAAAGGCCAGAGGUUUUGCAGCAGCAGGUUUUAGAAUCAGCUGAGAAGAGUAAUGGCAGUCAAGGAGAGGAUGACGAUGAUAUUGACAUGACCAAGUUCGAAGGUGAGACAUUACCUGUGGCCUGCGGUUCAAACUCUGGUGUCCUACACAAGUGCCGCUUUGCUGGAGAGCGUUGUGGGAGAUGCAUAAGAACAGAGAACACCUGGUUGACGCCUGAGGGUUUCAUCAAGUUGAACAAGCCAGAUGGAAAAUGGAGGAAAGAUAUUGUUUCUAAUGGAGUUCCUCUCGGAAGACUUAUAAAGAAAAAGGUUUUGGAACUACAUACAAUCAACUGUGACUGUGAGAUCUGCCAAGAACUGGAUCAGCACCUCAAUGAUGAUGUGUGUUUUGUGUGCAACUCUGAGGGAAAUCUGGUGUGUUGUGAUGAAUGUCCACGAGCGUUUCAUCACCACUGUCACCUACCAGCUGUGCCUGAAGAUUCAUCUGGCAAGUGGAGCUGCACAAUUUGUGUGCUGAAGAAUAUGAAAGGUUCCAGUCAAAAGAACCAACAGGAUAUAAUGAGCAGUCCAGUUUCUCAGUACACUCAGCACUGCCAGUGUCUGCUGUUACACCUGCUGCGUGAGUGCAUGACUGACCCCUGCACCAAUAUUCCAGGAGGCAGUGAGAACAUUUGUGGUCCCAUGAUGCUGGGCAGAGUCAAACAGAAUUUGGAGAAUGAUAAUUGUCCGACUGUGCAAGUGUUUGUCUCAGAUAUUGAAUAUGUCUUCCACCACUGCACCUCCAAAAGGGAUAAUGACUUCAGCAGAAUGAUGUCUAGACUCAUGGAGCUGCUUGAAACCAUCUUUAAACCUUAACGUUUGUGUGUUUUGUACAGAAAUUACAGGGGGAAUAAAGAGCAAUAUGUAUGCAUCAUAUAUUUUAAUUGCUGUUCAUCAAACUCGAAAUUUAAAAACUUAAGAAAAAAUAUAUAUAUUUUAAAAUAAUAUUUAAUUUUAUACAUUUUUGUAAUAUAUUUUAGACAUUUUUUUGUCAAGAACAAUGUUAUGAUUUUAGUGUUUGCAUUAUGACAAAACUGAGUUUGGAAUAGUAUUUAUCACCACCACCAUCAUUAUCAUCAUUAUAUUCUUCUUCUCUUAUAAUUAAGAUUAUUUUACUUUAAGUUACAAUUUAGACAAUACAGCUUUGUAUCUUAAAGACUGUAAAAUAUUUUAAUGUUGUUUCUGCUGUUGCAAUAUGGCAAAAGAAAUAACAUACUGUGUUUCCAGACCAU